CAAGUUUUUUAAGUUUUAUCAAUAAUUUCAUGAUAAAUAUAAUAACAUGGCACAGAAGAAAAAAGAACUGUUUCGAGAAGCUGAAAUGCAUCUCGAACAAGGAAAAGAAUAUUUACGAAAAGGAAAUUUGCCAGCUGCUCAUCGAGCACUUAAUGUAUCUUUGUGGAAUGAUAGUCAUAAUAUCAACACACUUUUAACACGAGCGAAAUUAUUUGAGAAAUAUAAACAGUAUGGGAAAGCAUCAAAAGAUUUGGAAGCGGCCUUGGAUAUUAAUCCCGAAGAUUUGAGAGUGUUACAAGAACGUGCAAUUGUACAGUAUUUAAGUGGAGAUUUCGAAUAUGGUUUGAUCAGUAAUUCACGUGGUGGUCCAAUUCGUCAGCAGCCACCGAUUUUCCAAGAAGGUGUCUUAAAUUGUCGAGAAGCUGUCGAAACAGCAAUUGGUCCACAAACUGGGCAUCCAUUACGAGAUUACUAUAAAAUAAUUAAAAAGUUGGAGGAGAAAAGGCGCCGAGAAAGAGAAAUUGCUGAAGCGACACGAUGGAGACGAAAAAUUUGCCCAAAAGCCUAUAGAGAAAAGUAUUACAAAAUUAAGAAGAAAGUACCGCAAACUGUUGUUAGUACAAAAAGUGUAAAAAAUCUGGGACCAUUACCCGAUCCAGAUCAAGAAAAAAAAAUUCGACCCGUUCUUCCAACAUUAGAACAGUAUGCUCGAGUUAUUCCAUCCGCAUUUCAAGUUACUCGUCCUACAAUGAAUCAAAUGGAUAUAACUCUAAAGCCAGAAUCAAAAACUGUUUUAAAAUUUAAACCUACCCAAGCAAAAAUGUCAAAUAUAAAAAAGGUUGCAGCUGAGCGAUAUUUAGAACGUAUGACGUUUGAUAAAGAAUUAUUUUCAAAGUGUGCUCAAGAGGCCAACAUUCGUAAUCCAAAUAAAAAAGGUUGUGAUAAAAUUAAACGGGAGGCUGUACGUGGAUAUAAUACACUUGUUGUAUGUGAGGAAUCAUUGCGUGCGCGCAGACCAUUGUUUGCUCUAAAAUAUCAAGAAAUGGAAUCAACAAAAUCAUUGAAAGCGAAAGAAACUCAAGGAUAUCAAAUUUUAGAAACGAUGGCCAAAUUAGAAGCUGAUAAUUUAAUUGCAUUAUUACGUAAUGCCAGAGAAUCGUAUAAUUUUAGAUUAUGCCAAGAUAUAUGCGAAAGAUCAAAAAUUUUUUUUGAUAAUAAGAAUAAAAAAGUGUUGCCAAGAAAAGAUGAGUACUUGGAGAUCAUGUAUAAUAUUAUUGGCUUAGUUUAUUUGGAUACAUUACGAAUAACUGCCAAUGCACCGAUACCAGACGCACGAGUAAAAUUUAUGUUGGGAAUUCCAUUAAGUCGCUCUCAUUCGGAAGAUUCUUUAAUUGAAUCGAUGAAACCUGCUUUUAUUGACACAAGAAAAUCAAUAACUACAACAGAAAAUCGCAUACGUGCUGCACGCUCAGCAUUAGAAUUAGCUUGGUUAUAUUACGAUUUAGCAAGGUAUUGGAUUGAAAUAAAGAAUUAUUAUUUUGGUCGUCAUUAUGGAUUACGUUGUGUUGAACAAGCAGACGCAAUUGGUAAUGAAGUAUGGGCAAUAAAUGGAUCAUUUUUAGUUGUUAAGUGUUGUGUAGCUUUACGUAAUCGUAACGAUGCAAAAGAUGAAUUAUUGGAUACAAUAAGUCGUGCGAAGAAAAUUUACUACCAACAUGGACCAGAAUUAAUAAUUUUUUUAGAAAAGACAAUGCAGGUCAUUGAUGAAUUAGACUUUGAAGAAAUUGCGGGUGAUGCAAUUCUUGAAAGGCAAAAUGCAAUAAUACAAUUAAUGUCUGUUACAAAAAAUAACGAGCAAACAAAAGCUGUUUUUCAACGGUUGUUUGAAAGGAUGGCCACUAUACCCACUAAACGAAGAAUGUCUAUUGUACCUGGUUUUAAUUUUGAGCGUGAUUACAAAAAUGAUAAAUUAUUGAAAAAACAUAACAAGACUUCGAUUAUACAUGAACGUAAAAUUAGAGAAAUACAAGAAUCACUUGAAGGACUAGAAACCGUAAAAGGUGAUAAAUUUUUAAUUUGGAUUUAAUCUAAAUUGAAGUUAUAUUAUUUAAAAAUGAAAUGGAGAAUUCAAAACGGUUCA